AAGCCUGCGUCUGAACGUUGUCUUUGAGAACAAAACGCACGCAGUCGCACUGAAAGGAAUCAACCCGCGGCCGCCGGCAUAUUGAACUCCAACUUGCUAACGUUACCAGGAGAAGAAAAGAGCAGCAAACAUUGACGUCUGUAUAAAAUGGCUGUGAACGUUUACUCAACCUCAGUGUGCAGCGACAACUUGAGUCGUCAUGACAUGCUUGCAUGGAUUAACGAAUCAUUACAGAUCAACCUUACCAAGAUAGAGCUGUUAUGUUCAGGUGCGGCCUACUGCCAGUUCAUGGACAUGCUUUUUCCCGGCUGUGUGCCUUUGAAGAAAGUCAAAUUUGCUGCAAAACUGGAGCACGAAUUCAUUCACAACUACAAGAUCUUGCAAGCUGGCUUCAAAAGAAUGGGUGUCGACAAAAUCAUCCCUGUUGACAAGUUGAUAAAAGGCAAGUUUCAGGACAACUUUGAGUUUGUGCAGUGGUUCAAGAAGUUCUUUGAUGCCAACUAUGAUGGGAAGGAGUACGACCCUGUGGAGGCUCGCCAGGGCCAAGACACCAUGCCCUGCCCUGCAAUGUCUGCCCUCAACAAACCCAAGAAGAUCCUCAAUGCUGCACCCCAGCGGGCAGCAGUUGCCAAGGUAGCACCCAAAAUGGCGCCCAGCUCGGCACGGAGACCAGGGGCUGGCGGAAGUGACGAGGAGCGGGCAGAACUAAUCCAGGAGGUGAAUAUACUGAAGUCCACCAUCCAGGACAUGGAGAAGGAGAGGGACUUCUAUUUUGGCAAACUGAGGAACAUUGAGCUCAUCUGCCAAGAGAAGGAAGGAGAGGGCGACCCCACACUGCAGAGGAUUGUGGAUAUACUCUACGCCACCGACGAGGGGUUCGUCAUACCAGACGCUGAGUCAGAGGACCACGAGGAAUUCUAAUGUUCAAGACUGGAUCAUGCAACUUUUAAUACUACCCCCCAACCUCUUCAAUCAGCUACAACAGCUCCCAUCCUCACCCUACGUACCACACCCUAAACAACCGGAUCAUGUUAUGUAUUGCUUGGUCUCUGAAUAGACUGUAUAUGUUUUUCGUCUGUCAAAUCAAGUUGAAAUAAGUAGUGUGAAGUCCCACUUCCUCUGAUUUCCCUUCUUCGGGUCAUCCUAUUGGCCUGUGCCAGCGUCGGUCUCGGCAUCAUGUUGGAAGAAGGCGGUUAUUUUGGCUCUCUAUUUGGGUCCAGAAGAGUGAGCUGUCAGUCUGUAAGAUGCCACUUUUUUUCUUGGUCUUUCCCCUAAUUUUCUAUCUCUUCCGGGAAUUGGAGUUACAAGUUCGUUGGCGCCUGCACUCACUUUUGUACAUUGUAUUUUUCUUAGUUUACUCGUUUCCCAAAUUAUUACAGUCUUUGCCACACGUACAGUGGGGAGAACAAGUAUUUGAUACACUGCCGAUUUUGCAGGUUUUCCUACUUACAAAGCAUGUUAA